AUGGCUGGUAGUAAUGAUGAUAAAGUAUUUGCAAGCAUGGUAUUUAACAAUGAUUUUCCCAAAUGGAAACGAAAUCGUAAAUUUGUCACUAAAAUUUUAAUGUCAAAAAAAUAUCACCUUGGAUUCAUAAAUAGCGUUCAAAAGAUAUUUAAGGAAUCUGAAAAGCAAUGGGAUGACAGUGAUGUUACAACUUUAGACUUUUCUAAAUGGGUAGCUUGGUAUAAAGCAGAAAUUACAAUCUCUACCGUCAUUGGGCAACCAUUAUUAUAUGACUCAGAAUCAUAUGAUUCAAUUGCCAAAGCUGCGGCUGAUUACCUUGCGAUGUUUGCUUUCUUAGUCUUUUUACCAAAAUUUAUUGGUACUCUUUUUAUGCUUUUUGGUUAUGACACUGUGAAAAAGAGAUCUGUUUUCUUGAAUGGUACAAUGCGGAGUAUUAUUAAAAAACGUAGGGAUGAGAUUAAAAAUGGAUCCCCAGCAAAUUUUAAUUUAUUGGACCUAUUAAUAGUUACUAAUUCAUCACAAGAUUCUGAAGAAUAUAUUGAGGGUGAAGAACCUAUGGAUGAUCAAGAAAUUGAAAGUAAUCUUGCUGAAAGCACUGCUGCUUCUAUUGAGACGAUCAGCACCAGUCUUUGUUUUCUUGUCUAUAAUGUUGCUAAAAAUCCUUCAGUUCUUGAAAAAAUGCGUGCAGAAAUCCUUAAAGUACUUGGCUCUGAUACAAAUUCAACAAUUACUUACGAAGAUAUUGAAAGUUGUCGCUAUAUAGAUGCAGUGGUCAAGGAAACAUUACGUCAUUCAAAUCCGGCUCCAUAUAAUUUACGUGUGCUUGACGAUUAUGAAAAAGUAGGUAAUCAUAAUUGGACACCUGGAACAUGGUUCUGGCCUGAUCAUCACAAAGUAAUGAAUCAUACUGAUUAUUGGAAAGAACCAAGUAAAUUUGACCCUGACCGAUUUAUCAGUGAAGAACUUGGAGGCACAGGUGAAAUUAAUAAAGUAUGUAAGAAUGGAUAUAUUCCAUUUGGUGGAGGUUUAAGACUUUGUCCAGGAAGAAAUAUUGCAUUAAUUGAGUUAAAAUUGCUUGUAAUAUUGCUCUAUAGAAAGUAUGAUGUUGAUUUAGCAAGCAAAAAUGGUCAAAUUAAAUAUAGUUAUAGGUCAACUAACCAAGUCCAUGAAUUAAUGGUUAAAAUAUCUCAAAAAUAA